AUGACAAACGAUAUAUUCAUCCAGUCAGAGUCCGUGUCAUCGCUCAAGACGCAUCCACGGAAGUGUAUUCAAAUAGGCAAGAACACCAAAGUCAUCAAUACGGGAACCAUUGACGUUACUCCUGCCCUCAGAUGUGAAGCCAUGCAGAUGGUUCUACCUUCCAGAGCUGACUUCACAUCUAUUCGCAAUAUCAAAACAUCUCCACUGAAGAAAAUAGUCUCCGUAGAGGGACAAGUUGUUGCCCAAGGAAUACCCCAGACAGUACAGGCAAAAAGAAGAAACACUGUUGUGAAGAACAUCUCAGUGCGUGGUGGCGGGGACAAAUGCAGGGUUGCAUUAUGGCGAGACAAGACAGAACGGGACAUCAAUGUUGGAGACUACCUCCAGAUCACCAAUGUGCUAACCUGUCAGUUUCAGGAUGACAUCUACGUGUCUUCAACAAGAGAUAGUGAAAUUCAGAACGUCGAUGGCCCAGUUGAUGCAGCUGCAGAAAUUACAGUCAUCGGAUACGAGGACUUCGGUGACACCCUGAAACUAACAUCAGAUGAAGAUGGCUACUUUACGUAUGACAUCAAGUUGGAUACACUUAAGGCAGUCUUCAACGUUGACGCAGAGGAAGUAACACUCGAAUUGAGUACUAGAAUACCGUUUAAGUGCCAAGUACUUCCUAGUGGGGAAAAUCCAAGUUACUUCUCGCUUUCUCUGUGA